AUGCGCCUCUUCCUCACCACCCUCCUGCUCCUGGCGGCCGGCACGGCGUCCCUCCCCUCGGUGUAUCCCGCCGUUCCGAUCCCCCCCGGCCCGGUCCACAUCGACCCUCUCCCGCCUUCGCCGCACCCCCCGCUCGGCCUCUUCUGGCCCGUCGACCAGCCGCCGCUGCCGAGCCUCACGGCGUCGGCGCCGAGCUUUGCCGUCACGCUUGGUGCUUGUGCGGGCUAUGACAAGCGCGACGGUGACGCCUAUGGUGGCGGGGGCGAGAGUGGCGGUGACCCGAACCACAGUGGCGGUGGUGACCAGGGCGGUGACAAGAACCACGGCGACCACGGCCACUGCAACGACAACAACUCCAACGCCCACGGCAACGGCCACGGCCCCACGGUCCGCAGCUACAACUUUACGAUCACGUACGCCGCCGGCGACCCGGACGGCUUCCUGCGCCGCCUGACGACGAUCAACGGCCUGUUCCCCGGCCCGACUAUCGAGGCGUUCGAGGGCGAGAUGAUCGAAAUCCACGUCACGAACGCGAUCGACACGCCGCAGAGCAUCCACUGGCACGGGCUCGAGCAGCGCGGCACAAACUACAUGGACGGCGUGCCGGGCUUCACGCAGUGCCCCAUCCGCCCCGGCGCGACGUUUACCUACCGCUUCACUGCCGACUCGGCCGGCACCUACUUCUACCACUCGCACUAUGGCAACACGAUGUCUGACGGCCUGUAUGGCGGGCUCGUCAUCCACUCGCGCGACGCGCCGCUGCGCCUCGGGCGCGACUACGACGCCGACUACAUCCUCUGGGCGAGCGACUGGUACGACACGCAGAGCGAGACGAUCAUCAGCGGCAUCUCGGACGUGCAUGCCGGCUACCGCGGCGUGCCUGUCGUCGCCAUGCCCGACGCCAUCAUCGUCAACGGCGUCGGCCAGGUCGACUGCACCACGACACAGCAGGGUGUGCCGUGUGUCCAGAAGACGCCGUACGAGCUUGCGCUGCCCGCCGGCUCGCGCGUGCGCCUCCGCAUCAUCAACCCCGGCGGACACGCAAUGGUGCGUGUGUCGAUCGACAGCCAUGUCCUGCAGGUCAUCGAGGCCGACUCGACGCCGAUCAAGCCGUUCGCCACGCACGAGGUGCCGGUCAACAACGGGCAGCGGUACAGCGUCAUCGCCACGCUCGACCAGGGCCAGGACACGGCCGCCAUCAUCCGCGUCAACGCAGCCACGUACUGCCAGAACCCCUCGGUCGCGUUCGCAGGCUUCGGCGUGCUGCGCUACACUGAUGCCGCAGGCAAGGCGUCCACCGCUGUCCCGGUGCACCGCCCGUGGCCUGACCUCGCGGAACCACACACGACCCCCUGCACCGACUUUGACGACGCGCUCCUCGUCCCCUCGCUGCCCGAGGACGCACCGGCCGAGACGGUCACUGCUGCCCAGCUCGACUCGCACUCGGGCGUCUUCCUCGACCCGCAGACGGGCGCGCCGUACCUCUCCCUCGCGUUCAACAACACGCCGUACCUCAACUACAUCAACUCGCCCUUCUUCUCCGAGCUCGCCGCCGGCCGGGCGCUCAACGCGUCCAACAUCCCCUCGGUGACCUUUAACAACGACGGCACGGCCGACCUCAUCAUCAACCUCCUCGACCCACAGCCCCUCGCGCACCCCUUCCACCUGCAUGGCCGUCCGUUCUACCUCAUCGCGCGCGGCAACGGCAGCCUCACAACAGCGGACAUCCCGGCCCUCACCAACAUUAACCUCCACAACCCUAUCCGCCGCGACACGCUCACCAUCACGCCGGGCACGUGGGCGCUCCUCCGCAUCAAGCUCGACGACCCUGGCGUCUGGGCACUGCACUGCCACAUUGGUUGGCACCUCGCUGUCGGCAAGAUGGCCGCCGUCACCAUCCGCCAGCACGAGUUUAGCAAGCAGGUCCCGCCCGCCGAGUGGAACGCGCUGUGCGCCGGCACCGACAUCAACGAGAUUGGCCCCCGCGCGUCGCCGUUCAACGAGCGUGUGCCGCCCCAGGCGCGUCGCUCGCUCGCGACUAUCGACACGCGUGACGCAGUCGCCGAGUGGCGCCUGCGUUCCGAACGCAUCAAACGCUGGUUCGAGCACGUCGCCCCGCCCCAGGACCGGCUGGCCGAGCGCCAAGCUCAGUGGAAGCGUUGGGUUGAGAACGCCGUGGCGGAGGCGCGCGCUGGCGCUGCUGUGGCUUAGGUAUGUCACGGCGUCUUUCGCGCCAACGCGCCUGCCUCCUCUGGCGUCAGCAGCACCGCUACGGACCUAUGUGAAUUAUCAACGGCUCUGCCAAGACAGUCUUAUCCCCAGCCAUGCCUGCGGAUAUCCUCCUUAUCC